CUAUAACUAAAAUUAAUUAUAUUUUUAAGCAAACAUGGAUUUGUCCUUCGAAGAGAGUCAGCUGGAUUUUUCCUUUGGUCAAUCCCAGGCUUUGGUCACACCCCCAGUGUAUAAACUUUACAAAAAGAAAUUUCAGCUGGAUUCGGCCUACGAUACGAGAGACCUAAGCAAAGAAACACAAAAAGAUUUCAAUACAGAAAUCAAGGAUCUUUUAGCAAAAAUUUUGGAAACUCAAAACGAAAUGAUGUGCAGACUCGAUAUUUUGGAGAAAGCUGUAAAGGAAAAUGCGCUUGAUAGAGGUGUUUUAAUGGCACAAAACCAGAACGUAAGAGAAUGCAAGGCCGUGCUCACCAAAGUUCACCACUCUGUAAGCCGUUUGACAGGCGAAGUAGAAGACCGUACACAAAUCGAAAAAGUAGCUUCAUUGCCAAUGGUUAGCGUUGACGCCGCAUAUGAGGUUGAACAAAAAUUAAAAGCAAAAGAAUAUGCAGAAGCAAUGAAAAUAUAUUUGUACCAAAUUAAAGGCACAAGCGGAACUGUAGAUGACGUCUUACGUAAACUUAUGGCCGAUGAACUUUUGAUUUUAUUCAACUUGGAUGGGAGAAAAAAUAAAAAGGCAUUAAUUAAGCUUGUGCUGGUUAAUGAAUUGUUAUUCGGUAUGUUGAUCUCGUAAAAUGUUUAUUCCAGAGACCGAAAAUAAUCGUUAUAUUUAAAAUUGGUUUGUGUUUAUUUCUCUUUUUUUAUGUAUUUUGCUUAAUAGUUUGCUGAGAUAUACAAAGUACUAUAUUUAUAUAUUUUUUUUGUGUACAUCCUUACUUAAAGUAGUCUCAAACGUGGUACAUUUUAAAAUAAAAGUCGCUUAUUCCUUAAUUUUAAGGUACAGAGCUAUAUAACGUACCAUCAAAUUAAGGAAUAAGCGACCUUUACUUUAAAAUUUAUCAAACUGGAAACAAUUUUAAGAAGUUAAGUACAAAAA